AUGAGGGCGCUGCCCCCGCGCUGGGCGGCCCUGGCUGUGCGAGCGGCGGGCGGGCAGUGGGCGCCGCCCGUGCCCCGCCGCGGUCGCAGCGGCCCCGGCCCGCCGCGGGAGUGGGCGCUGUCGGUGAGCCCGCGGGGGCGGCUGCGGGUGCGGCUGCCGUGCCAGGUGAGCGUCCGCCCGCUGGACCCGCAGCGCUGCCCGGGCGCGGACCGGGUGCUGGUGGCCGUGAGCGGCGGCAGCCCCGGGCGGGAGCGAGAGCGGGACCCGGUGCGGGUGGAGCACGACGAGGCGCUGGGGCAGGUGGCGAUCGUGGCGGACGGCGUGGACAGCAAGACCGCCGUGGACAUCCGGACGCCGGUGAUGUUCGAUUUGGAUAUCAAAACAUCAGGGACUGGCUGCGUGAAGAUUCAGAAAAUAGAAUGUGAUAACUGCAAAAUAGAAACAGAGAAGGGGACGAGUGUCUUGCAGUCAAUAAAGAGCCAUAAAAUUGAUAUAAGGACAAAUGGUGGUAAAGUAAUUGGUCUUGGAACACUUUAUGGCAAUACAGAUAUUUGUGCAACAGAAAAGGGGAGUGUAAAUAUAGAGAAGCUGCAGGGGACAACCAUCAAUAUAUCCACUGAAGAUGGGCCGCUGAAAACUAAGUAUCUCUAUGCAGAAUCAGCAUCUCUCUCUUCAGAAUCUGGUGAUAUUAUGCUGGGAAGUGUUCAUGGUAAUACCAACCUUCAGACCAGAAGAGGGAGUAUCACAGUAGAUUCAUCAGAUGGAAGUCUAAAAGCUUCUACAUAUCAUGGGACAAUAGAUGUUUAUGUCAGUCAAUUAAGAAAAGUGGAUCUGAAAUCCCAGAAAGGUUCAAUUACAGUCAAGGUACCUGCAUCUCUCAAAGCCUAUUUAGAGCUGUCUGGAAGGAAAGUGGAUGUGAGCUCAGAGAUCCAGUUAAAAGAAACACAGAGUGCCUCCAAAGAUGAUCAUGUAACACUAAGUGGUCACAUGAAUCAAAGGGAUGAAACAGACAAAUGGAUUAAGGCUGACACACAAAAUGGCAAAGUGUGUCUUAAAAGCCAAAGCUGGAUCCAGUCUGUCAAGCUGAAGAGUUCUUAAAGGUGAAAUAGGCCAAAGAAGUUAAAUCAAGAAACUACAAAGGAACAUUUCUGUAAAAUUAUGAAAAGUUUUGGAUGAAUAUUCUUAAUAUAAAAGAGAAACUAUUAAAAAUGAGAGAAUUUUAACCCAAGAUUUGCCUGUGACAGUGCUGGUGCUAAACAGUCUGGUUUACUUUUAGUGCCUUUUAGGAACAGGAUGAUCUUACAUAUUCAGAAUUCAUAUAAUUUGACCCACUUACCAUAGCAGUUUAAAAGCUGAUAGCUUUCAAACAGAAGUUUGAAGUUGUUUUUUAAAAAUGUAAAAAAGCAUUUUCAACACUUCCAAGAUGCCAUGCUUUACAAGCUCUGUUGUACUUUUAAAUUAAAUGUCUCAAUACUGUGGGAAUUCUGCUGGUUUAUGCAAAAUGCAGAGAAUUUUCUUCAACCAAAUUGUAUCAUGGAUAGGAAAAAAUCACUUUCAGUGUGGUUCUUAUGUGGUCUUCUCAUUUGGUGUUUGAACCCUGAGCAGUUUCUGCCUGGCUGAUGGGUACUCUCUGUGUAAAAAUACUUCUGUGAAAUGGCAGAACUUGCUCUGUGUCAUCCUGAACCUCUGGUCUGUGGAUAGAAAGAAGAGCUCCAGCUCUGUCUACCACUGCUCGCCUGCAAAGAAAAGCUUUCAAGAUAAAUAAAAGUAGCAUGGAUCUGGCUGAUUUGAAGGAGGAGCACUCCUCCAACUGGACCUAGGGGAGAGUCCACCUGAGCAUUCCCCUAAGGAGAAGCUGCCCUAGGAGGGAAGUGUUCCCUUGUCGCUGAGAGCUGGAAUCUUUGCUUGCUCUGUCUGCAGUGAGUGAGAGCUCUCUCCUGCAGAGCUCCUGGGAGGCAGAGAGGGAGCUGUGAACCUGCACAAGGACAGGUCUGAUCUGGUGGAGGGUUCUGUGUUACUGUAAAAUAAGCACACAGCAAAGUAAAUGGGGGUUUUAAAAGCCUUUCCAUGCGUCUCUGUGGCACCUUAUAAAAGCAGGAGUGAAAUUUGUGUUUUAAGCUGAAAUGUCAGAAUCCCUGCCAGCUCAGGGGAUGGUGAGGAUCAGGAGAGAAUUCAGAGUGCCAGCUCAGGCUUUAGGUUUUGUACAUAUGUGUAUGUUCUUUAAGGCAUAAUGGGACAUUAUGAAAUUAACUUCUUUUGCCACAGGAUUCCCCAGGAGAUAUAAUUGCCCCUGGCUAAUGGACUUCAAGACUCAAGGGCAGCAUACCUACUGUAAUUCAGGGAGGUUAAAAACUCCCCUUCCUGUUUAUUGUUGUGUGUACUGCUUGUUGGGAUGAGGUGGGCACUAAUGCAUAUGACAAAUUAUAUGUAUUUUUAAUAUAAACAGUAAUAUAUAAAGCAUUUCUAAUAGUAUUACUAAAGGCAUUACAAUAUUACUAGAUAUAUUAUUAUACUUUUUAAAAUUACAAAAUUAAUAAAUUAAAUGGUUUUUGAUAGCCAGAAAAA